CGGAGGCCAGUCAUUGGUGAGUCAAACUGUCUGCAAAAACGUCAGUAGAUUAUCGGCUCGCAGCUGGAAUGCAAGGUUGAUUCACAAAGAAGAGUGAGGAGGUAGAGACAACGCCGAAGACACCCGUCCGACUGAUACACGCUGCACAGUCGCGCUCUCUAGCCAUGAAGGGGGAGCAUUUAUUUUCCAACCUGAAAAAAAACACGUUCUACCAGCGGGUUUACCUACUGGGAGGAGACGAGCUGCUGGUUCUUCAAAGCACCGUGGGAGAUCCAGCGCUGGGGGACAGCUUCCACCACAUCACUGACUUCAAUGAUCUACCCACCUCCUUAUUCGCCUGCAAUGUGGACCAAUCUGUGUUUGAGGAGCAGGAAGGCAAGGGGAUGUUCGAGGCUCUGUUCCUGGCCUAUGAUGAGCGGGUGACGUUCCAGCAGUUCAAGAGCUUCCGGCGCGUCCGGAUUAACUUCAGCAACCCCAAAGCAGCCGCCAGCGCCAGGAUAGAGCUGCAUGAAACACCCUUCAGGGGCAAAAAGCUCAAACUGUAUUUCGCCCAGGUCCAGAACCCAGUAUCGGAUGGCGAUAACCUGCACCUGGCUCCUCCCCAGCCCUCUAAACAGUUCCUCAUCUCUCCUCCUGGCUCUCCUCCCAUUGGCUGGCAGCAGAUAGAUGAGGCCACACCCGUUAUUAACUACGACCUGCUCUAUGCAGUGGCCAAGCUAGGCCCGGGGGAGAAGUUUGAGCUGCAUGCCGGGACAGAGUCUACCCCCAGCGUUGUAGUCCACGUGUGCGACAGUGACACUGACGAGGAGGAGGAACCAAAGAAUUGCCCCAAGCCAAAGAUCAUCCAGACCCGGCGCCCCGACCUCCCUGUGUCCCACUGAACUAAGUCCGCCCUGCUACUUCCUGCCGUAAGAUCCUCGUCUGGAGGAAGGAAAAUCUGACCCCUGUCUCCCCUCAGGGGGAGAUUCCCCUUGUUCAGCUCCUGCUUCCCGGCCCAUGGCCACACUGCCCGGGUCAGAGGGGGGGGGAGUGCUCCAUGUUCCUUGUCUUAGUCGACAUACAGCCGUUGAUGUGCUACAUGAUCACAGCGUUUGCUUCCUUCUGUUGGCAAUACUCCGUACUUACAUUGUUUUCAGAUUUUCAAGAUUCAGCCACCAUGCCCUCAGUGAUUGGUUCCUGUCUUUAUGAUUCUGUUGAAAUGUCACAAAGUUAGCAGUGAUGAGGCAGCACCUUUGAGAUCUGCCUCUGAUUGGCUUAGGGGCUAGUGUGAAUGCCAGUGUAAAGAUCAUUGGCGGCCAUUAUGUACGUGUGUUAGCUUUGCUUUUGCAGCUCUUCUCUCAUCGGGGUAUGCUAGCCGCCGAGGUGGUGGGGCUAACUGCCACAGCAUGAAUUGAAGUAACCCGAGAGAAUAUUAUGAUAAAUACUCAAUACUUUGUCUUAGAGUCCGUUGAAGUUGUCAAAAGUUCUUUCUCGCAUUGUCAGUGCUGUUUGACAACCAUGGAAAUGUUUUCUGUCUUGCCAAUGCAUGCACUGGUCUGAUGCAGUUUGUGGAUUUACUUUGUUCUGUUUGCUUUGUGUAACUGUCAGUUUGACCUCUCUCUUCUCCCUGUGUGUUCUGGCUAUCGGUGUUUUUCACAGAAAACAACGCUUAAACCCGUUACAAGCCAUGCACCUUCAAGUGAAAGCAUUAUGUACAAUGAUAUUUCUGUGAUUUUUCCUCAAUGUGAAUUGUGUCCAUGUCUCGUCUCUGACAGUCUGUUUAAACAAAAAGGAGGGGGGAAAUAGAAAAAAACAGAAUGGCCUCCUGGUUAUCUUUUCUUUAUAGGGUCAAAUGGAAAGCCAAUCAGAUAUCAUCACGUGAAUCCAGUCUAUAAAGUGCAUGGUUACAUUUUUAUAGAGAUUGUUGUGUUGUCUGAGAACAGUGGUUCAGUCACAGGGUCUUCUUACAGUUUGUGUGCCUCUGUAGAGAGCGAGAAAGAAACAUUUAUUUAAACUCAUAACAAAGAAAAGAAAUGCAUGAAGAUGAUCCUGAGAGGAGUAAAACGGAAAAAAAUAAUGUUACAAAUGUUUGUUCCAAGUGCUAUUACAGUUUCUGUGGAGAUGGUCAAGGGAAAUUACACAGAAAAAAAUAUUUUUGUUUCCUUCAUCAUGUUUUUCCUGUAAGGGUUUAACAAGUGUCUUCUCUGUGUGCCUGCUUAACUUAAAGGCAGUAGAACAAGCCCUGUACAAAUUAGAACUCAAGUACCCUAUGUAUUUGUGGAGAACUGGUGUUGUGAUCAGAUACUGUGUCUCGUGUCCAAACUGUUGACCCUGUCCAGUUUCAGAUUUACUGCACCGAUACUGUGGUCCUACAUUACUGUCACCCUCUGUUCUGUCACCAAUUAUUUGCAUAUAUAUUUUGUCUUUCUGAUCUUUUCCCUAAUGUGUAAAAAAGAAACACACUGAAUCUUUAGACGUCUGAUUUAUUUCUAUCACAUCCAUAUUUGGAUCUGAAUGUCUGGAAAGAUCAUAUUAUUUCCAUCUGAAGUGUUUUGUUUCUGUGCAUGAUUUGAUGUUACCAUGACAACCAACUCAAAAUGUAACAGAACGCUGAGGAAAAAUUAACAUUGGCAUCUCUGUGCCUCUCAGUGUUAAUGCUCAAAUAUGGGUCACAUACAAAAUGUGGGUUGAUAGUUAUUUUUGACAGGGCCUUUAAAUGCAAAUUUAUUCUACCUGCAAUAUUUACCCAUGUAUAUUUGUAAAAACAAAACCAUGAUUAGAAUUUAUAUUUAAUGCAACUGACUGUAUGAUUUCAGUAAUAAUGCGUCCCUAUUGUUUGAAAGUCAGUUCAGCCCAAUUAAAUUCAACACAGCUCCUUUAUAUUUCUAGAAACACCAGGUUUAAAUCAAGUAGCGUUCAUUUAUGGUUUAUUCCAAAAAGCUAGGGUAUUAGUAGUUCAUCCUCCUUCCUUUUGUUUUGUUUCAUAUGUGCUGGGUUUCCCUUACUGUAUUGCUUACUGUAUUCAUUACUGUAUUCAUCAUACGCUCAGACAAACCAGAAACAAGACAAUAACCUGCUAGUGCCCUAGUUGUGCCCUACAGCCACCAUUACAACACUAUAUGAGCUAACUUGUAUACAUGCAAUUCUUUUCUAUCUGGUAUUCAGUGUAUUUAGCCUGGACCCCGGUCUUUUGAAUCUACACUAAGCUUGGCCUGCAGUUAUAUUCUUUAAAACAUAUACCCAAAAAGAAUUCUGCACAGCGUCAAUAUGUACCUGUAUGAUUCAAAAUGGCCAGAUAUUUGUAUUUUCUGUUGUUUAUUUUUUAAAACAUGAUAUUAUUCUGUUUUUUUUCUGAGGGUCUCUUGGAUUGGGAAGUUAAAUCAGUGAUGGGAACCAAUAUCUAGUGUGUAAAACUUGUGCAAAACCACCAAUGUACUUGUCAUUCUUCAUGUACAACCUGCCUGCCUACACUAAGGAGACAUAUCUGUAUAUAUUAAUCAAUACUAUUUUUACUGCAUUUUUGUACAAAUAUUCAUGGUAGCCAUGUACAAGUAGUUGAACUGAUUCUACUGUAGUAUUAAAAUAGUUUGGUUUUAA